AUGGGUGGUGCUAAUUCUCGCACUGAACCCAUAUCGCAACGAUCCGGAAAAUAUUUGAGUAAUUCUCAAGUAUUUCCAUUAGAUCAAGGAAUUCAGCGUUUAGCUAUCGAUCCAUCUGGUGCCAUUGGAUCAUUAUACGAUGCAACAAAAGAUCAAUUAUUGUCAGGUUCGCCAUUGUACAUUUCUCGUCGAUUAAUUUCACUACGAAACGAAGUGAAUCCUGUUGUUGUAACAAGCGGUCGACUUAAAGCCCGAGAUCUUCUGGAAAUGAUCGGAAUCGACAAGGAGCUGUAUUUGAGUAUGUAUUUGAAUUUGACAAAAUCAAAAGGAACGUCGUUAUUACAAAAUUAUCCGUUUACAAACAACGAAUACACUCGAUAUUUCUUUUUCCAUCAGAAAACCAAACAUAGUUAUCUUGCCGCAAAUCAAUUCGUCGAAAAAGCCAAAGAUAAUCCUAAUAUUCUCAGUGCAAACAUGGACGCUACUCACGUAAUAACGGAAAUUCAAUACGGCAUUCAUGUGGUCGUUUUUCUGCAAUUAGCACCGGACAACGUCACUGCCCUUGAUGAACUUUUGGAAAGAAUUCAAGCACAAUUAGUAAGAAAUACGUUUUCCGUUAAGACGAACGAAAAACCUUUAUAUGAACAAUUCACCGAUGUGAAAGUCUUUUCAAACAUUCCGGAGAUCGUCAAUCUAACAAAACUACAAGAUAUUUGUCAGAAAAUCCCUCAGAUUCGAACGAAUGCUUAUCAAUACCCUCCAAUGAAAUAUACACUUCGACCUAUACGAACGCUCUGUCCGUGGUUUUCGACGGAAAAAGGCGUAUUUGUUCCUUUAAACAAAGGUUUAAUCAACGAAACUGAAUUGUAUUUUUAUGAAUUAUCAACCGUACGAAAAGAGUUACAUAUGUCAUUACCAUCUGCAAAAGAACAAUCGGUCUUGACGUAUUUUAAACAAGCGUAUGAAGAACUUCAGCAACGGCAAGUGAAAAUUAAUCAAUCAUACCCGACGAAAAUGAAUCGACUUCGUGCGACACUUUUAGCCAUUCGUUGUGGAACUAUCAAACAGAACCAAAUGCAAGAUUCAUUAGUUGACCAUGAAGCAAAAGCUUUGUUAAGAGAAUGUCGGAAUAUCAUCGAACAACGCGAAAACUUCGUUGAAAAAGUUCAAUUAGUCAAUGAAUUAAAACAACGAAAUAUCGAAUAUUGGAACGUUAAAGAACUGGCUCUAAGCGAGAGUGAGAAUCUCGAUCUGAUCGAAGAAGAAUUGAUGAGAAAACGACCAGGCAAACGCAUAUUUUGUUUCGAUGACGAUUUAAAACGUGAAUAUCUCGGCGAAUGGAACAAACAUCUCGAUAAUUUAUUCAACGGAGAGAAAACAAGUAAUCUAGUCUUUGCUGAUUUUUCAUUUUGUUCGACUCAACCAUCGAAAUUGAAAAUCAUCUCGUUAAACGAAACGAUUGGACCACGAAAAAGUUUAUGGGAGGAUUCAUCUGGAAAAUCAUCAUCACGAAAACGAUUCCGACUCGAUCCAACGAAUGUAUCGACGAAUAAACACGUAAAUAUUCUUCUAUUAGGUGAAGUAGGCGUCGGAAAAUCGACUUUUGUCAAUGCACUGAUCAACUAUUUGAAAUUCGAAUCGUUCGAGAAGGCAUGUGCAGAGAAACCUGUUACCGCCAUUCCCGUUUCAUUUCCUCUCGCCGUUGGCGACCAAUUCGACGAGCACGUCGUGGAACUAGGCGGUAUCGAUGCCAACGAAGAUCAUCGUAAUCCAGGUCAGUCAGUCACGCGACAAUGCAAAUCGUACGUCAUACCGAUCAGUGCACAACUUAACAUUCGAUUGAUCGACACGCCGGGAAUGGGUGAUGCGCGCGGGUUGAAUCAAGAUGAUCUGAUGAUGCAACAUAUUCUAUCAUGUAUUAAUAAUUAUCAGUAUAUCAAUGCAAUUUGUAUCGUUUUGAAACCGAAUGAAUCACGAUUGAAUGUGAUUUACCGAUCGUAUUUUACGCAGUUGAUGAGCUUCUUUGGUGAAAAGAUUCGUAAUAAUGUCAUCUUCUGUUUUACUCAUACUCGAGCGACAUUUUUCGCUCCGGGUAGUACUGCGCCGUUGUUGAAGCGAAUGCUGCAUUCGAACGGCAUAAAAAAUAUCGUUUUCAAAAAGUCGAACACAUUCUGUUUCGACAAUGAAGCCUUUCGAUAUCUCAUUGCACGAGAAAACGGUCUGCAAUUCGAUGUUUACCAAAAAGAAGAAUAUCUACGAAGUUGGGAAACAUCCGUAAAAGAAACCUCUCAUCUCUUACAAUAUAUCUGUAAAGAUUUAAAACCAUGUGAACGACAAAGCUGGCAAUCGAUCGAAAAUGCUCAAUGGCAAAUCAAUAAACUCAUUCGUCCAACAUUAGAAACCAUCCGAAAUAAUAUUCGAAAUGUCUUAUUAAUAGACAAAGCUCAAUCGAAGACAUUCAUUCGAUUACAUCCAUCCGCUGUGCAAAGAAAUAUCCAUCUAUGUCUUAAUUGUCCAUCGGUUCCCGUUCUUUGUGAAGACUUCUGGGUCGUACCGGACGAUCCACAUGUCGUCCUAGAUCAAUGCAGUAGAUGUCAAUGCUCAGCAGCACAACAUUUGAAAGUCAAUUAUGUACUGAAGUAUGAAACAACGAUGGAAAAGAGAAAACAAUCAAUAAACGACAUGAAAACGAAUGUUAGUUUGUUACAACAAUGGACAAUCGGUCUGGUCGAUUUCUUUCGAUAUCUGAGUCGAAUUUCGAAGGAAAAUGAUCCACUUCUUGCAAAUUUAAACCGUAUCAUGGAAGAAGAAAAGAGUAUUCUUAGCCAAAAACAACAGCAACAAACUACGCCAAAUCUUUUUCUCUACGAAGAAUUGAAAACGUUUCGAAAGGAAUACGAAAAAUUUUGGGCAUUAUCAAUCUCAGCUCGGAAACCAAUGAACCUCACAGAUGUCUACAAACUGAUAAAAAAUCUCAGUAAAGAUAGUGUUAUUAAUGAACAACUGGAUGCGAUUAAACAAACUCAACAAUUAUACAUGCAAGAACGAGAAGUUCUUGUUUCCUAA